UGCAUUCUCCAUUCAUCAUGAAAACUUAGUUCUUGCCUAGAUCGAUAGAGAAAUGUGUGGAGAAUAUUUGCGACGAGAAAAUAUGUAAAAAUUUUUGUUCGUUUCUUCCGGUUAUUGACUAAUUAGUACUAAUUAACGUUAAUUUAGCCUACUCUACUAGCUUAAAGUCCCAUUUGUAAAAUAAGGACUCAACGAAAAAUUUCAAGCAAUACCUCAUCUGAUAGAGGAUUUCACGAGCUACAAGACAGGCUACCUUAGAAGUUUUUUCACACCUUUUUUCAAGACUUGAGAGUUUUUCUCAUGGCUUUAUUAGUGUUAGGGGUGCAGCAGCUGAGGCAGUUAUAAUUUUCAAUCGUGGUCGUGUUGGUCUGUUACCAUUUUUCGAUACAUUACGAUUAGAUGUUAAUUAUUCAUUAUUGGACAGUUCAUUAGCAAAAGAUUCAAAACGUCUUGCGAAGGCCGAGUCUGUAGUAGCAAAACGAGAGACAGUAAUUGAACGGAAAAAACAAGCUCGUUCAAAAUCACUGACAGCUGAACGUGAUAUUUCUGAAUAUGGUGCAGGAGCUCAUUAG